ACAUUCUCCAGCCCCAGGUCGGCUUUGGGAAGCAUGCUCCCCGGAAGAGGAGGAGCGGAGGCCCAGGACUGGCAUUUGGACAUGCAGCUGGCAGGCAAGGUGGUGCUGUCCGCCGCUGCCCUGCUCCUGCUGACCGUGGCCUACCGGCUGUACAAGUCAAGGCCCAGCCAGGCCCCACUGAGGGGCAGGAACGCCAAGGCCGAGGCCAAUGAGGAAGCCGAGGGCUCCGGGCAGCCUGCGGUCCAGAAAGCUGCUCCCAGGGCACCGCACUGGGCGCUGAGACACCGGAGGGGAAGCAAGGGGACCAGAGAGGAGCCAGGCCGUGGCUGGGAGAAUCAGGGGGACUCCCAAGUCCUGGCCACAGAACCCUCUCCAGAAGACUCAGAAGCCCAUGAGGCUCAGGAGCCCGAGGAGAAAGGCGCUGGUGAGGAAGGCGGUGGGCAGCGCCCGGACUCUGAGCUGGGGCCUCCUCGCCACCGUGGCCGGGAAGCCGGAACAGCUGCUGGCGGUGAGCCUGAGCUGCCCCCCCACCCCCAUCUGGGCAGCGAGUCCCAAAGCUCCCGCCCUGGCUUCACCACGGGGGAUGGGGGCGGUGUGGGCAGUGAGCCUGCCCUGUGGCUGGAUGGUAGGCCCCCGGGGCAUCCCCUGGAGCAGGAAGCCACCCCCACCACCUGGAUAGCCCAUGUGGAAGGCCAGAGUUACACGAGCAAGAGCUGGGUGUUCACCCGAGCCUCGGGAGCGUGGCACCACAGGGAGGAGGCCAGGGCCCUCCAGGCCGCUGCAGACAUGGGCCUAACCGUAUGUCAGCAAGAGGGAAACACCAGCGCCUCCUACACCUACGCGUCGGUGGCCCGGGUGCGUGUGGAGGAGAAUUUCCUGCAGGAGAAGGUGGAGGGGGUCGGGCCCAGGCUGAAGGGCAAGGUGUAUGAUUACUAUGUGGAAUCCACCUCGCAGGCCACCUCCAAGGGCAGGCUGGCCGGCAGAACAGCUGCCCUGGCUGAGGCCCCACCCCUCAUGCCACUACCAGGACCCCCGGGAGCAGGGGCAGCUUCAGGGAGCCAUGCCGCUGACCGGGAAGGUGGAGCAGAAUCACCCGGGUCCUCCCAGCCCGCACCGCCGCCCUCUAUGCAAGGCUUCAGCAGGAAAGACAGCCUCCUCCAGAUCCUGGAGAACCCAGAGCUCCAGCUGCAGCUCAGUGGUUUUGGGGCCCCCACUCCAUCCUGCCCUGACGGGAGAGCCUUGCCCGGCCUCCCCCUACCCUGGGCUUCUCCGGGGUCCAACUCAGCUGGAAGCGGUGGGGAGCCCCACGUGCAGCUGGUGGCGAGGACCAAUUUCGUCCACCUCCCGCUGGCCCCUGGCUCCACCCCCGACGUCCACCUGGAUCUGGGCAACUGCUACCAGGUACUGACCUUGGCCAAGAGGCAGAAGCUAGAGGCGCUGCAGGAGGCAGCCUACAAGGUGAUGAGUGACAACUAUCUCCAGGUCCUGCGCAGCCCAGACGUCUACGGGUGCCUGAACGGCACUGAGCGGGAGCUGAUCCUCGGGCGCCGGCUGCGGGGCCGCAAGCACCUGGUGGUCGCCGAUGUGUGCCCCCAGGAGGGCUCUGGCAGUCUCCGUUGCUAUGAUGACGAGCGGGAUGUCUGGCACCCUCUGGCCUGUCUGCCCCCCGAGGCCGUGUCCCGAGGCUGUGCCCUCUGCAGUCUCUUCAAUUACCUCUUCGUGGUGUCAGGCUGCCAGGGGUCCGGGAGCCAGCCCUCCAACCGUGUCUUCUGCUACAACCCGCUGACAGCGAUCUGGAGCGAGGUGUGCCCGCUCAACCAGCCCCGGCCACACUGCCGGCUGGUGGCCCUGGACGGCCACCUGUACGCCAUCGGGGGGGAGUGUCUGAACACGGUGGAACGCUACGACCCCCGCCUGGACCGCUGGACCUUCGUCCCCCCGCUCCCCAACGACACCUUUGCCCUGGCACACACCGCCACGGCAUGCGCGGGGGACAUCUUCGUCACGGGCGGCACCCUGCGCUACCUGCUGCUCCGCUUCUCGGCCCGGGAGCAGCGCUGGCAGGCGGGCGCCACGGGGGGCGGCAAGGACCGCACAGCCGAGAUGGUGGCAGUCAACGGCUUCCUCUACCGUUUUGACCUCGAUCGCAGCCUGGGCAUCAGCGUGUACCGCUGCAGUGCCAGCGCCCGCCUCUGGUACGAGUGUGCCGCGUACCGGACACCCUACCCGGAUGCCUUCCAGUGCGCCGUGGUGGGCGACCUCGUCUACUGCGUGGGCCGCCGGCGCAUGCUGUGCUUCCUGGCCGACCACAUCUCGCCCAGGUUUGUGCCCAAGGAGCUGCAGAGCUUCCCCUCGCCGCGGGGCACCCUCCUGCCCACCGUCCUGACCCUGCCUAUCCCCGAGGUGCCUCAGACCAGGGUCUAGCUACCCUUCUACCAGACUGCUGCAAAACUGGGAAGCGACAAGCACUCCCUACCCGCCACUCUGUGAGCCAUUUCUGGGAGUGCAGGCAGCUCGGGCAUUUGGCCAGCGAGGGGUGGAUUCUAAGCCACCCUGCUCUGCUGGCUGUGGGGGGCCCUGGGAUGCGGCUUUGCUGGCAGUGGGAUGCUGAGCUAGAAUCAGGGACCGGGCAGCCACGUGUGCAGGGACGAGUGCCGCUCUGCUUCAAAUCUGAAUUCUUGGCGGAAGGGAUGUCAGGACCCUGCCAAAGUUCAGGGGCAUAGCCUCAUCCCAACCACGAGCUCCUGUGGUUGACCCCCAAUAGCCCCUGAAACCGACCUUGCUGGACAUGGCCCAGCUCGCUAUGAGAAACCAGAGUCCCUUCCUAAACACGGGCCACUGAGCCCCUACGUCCAGGGGCUCCCAGAAACUCCUGGGGCACACAGGAAGGUGGUUUGGGCUGUGCGGAGAGCCCUGGGGAGCCCGCUGGGGCUUGGCCAGAGGAGAGAUGGUUGGAGAAGUAGAUCAGCGACAGUCGGAGCUGCCCACGGGACUCUUGCCUCCAGAGAAAACUGACCAUUACCCGCUGCACUUUUUCUCAUUACCUAGAAUCCUAGCAUACUAGGAGGAGAAGCCUCCAAUUAGGAGCCAUUCAAAAACCUUCAUCCUGUAGUGGUCCACUAAGGAUGCCAGUGGUCCCACAUCUGAGGUCUCGGGAAGGAGAAGAGAAGAUGUGAUCUGUCAG